GCUCGGCUGAUCGUGGGCUCAUACCUCUCCCUAGAAAAGGGUGAGUGGUAUUGGGUUGAAGUUCGCUGGUGGCAGGUUGCUAGCAAGCUUAAGUCGACCCCAAGAGUGUUUAAACCGGUGGCUGGUGCUUGAUAAUUUGUGACACUCAGGCCUGUGGGCUACUUUGAGCUCCAUAGCAAUCUGAGGUAGGCAAGAAGACGACUAUUCCCAAGUGCAGCCCCGAAAACAACAGCAACAGGAAGAAGAGUUGAUUUUUGCAAACAAGACUAUAGUGUGAGCCAUAAUGGAACAAGCAGUUGGUGAAUCAAAAGAGACACGUUCGACGAUAGACAUUUCCAAAGCCAAGAAGUGCACGGUGAUUGGAGGCUCUGGGUUCCUGGGGCAGCACAUGGUGGAGCAGUUGCUGGCACGAGGCUAUGCUGUCAAUGUAUUCGAUAUCCGCCAAGGGUUUGAUAAUCCCCAGGUGCAGUUCUUUAUAGGCGAUCUCUGCAGCCAACAGGACCUGUACCCAGCUCUGAAAGGUGUAAGCACAGUUUUCCACUGUGCGUCACCCCCACCAUCCGGUAACAACAAGGAACUCUUUUAUAGAGUGAAUUUCAUUGGCACCAAGAAUGUCAUUGAAACCUGCAAAGAGGCUGGGGUUCAGAAACUGAUUUUAACCAGCAGUGCUAGUGUCGUCUUUGAAGGUGCUGACAUAAAAAAUGGAACUGAGGACCUCCCUUACGCCAUGAAGCCCAUUGACUACUACACAGAGACCAAGAUCUUGCAGGAGAAAGCAGUACUGGAUGCCAACGACCCUGAGAAGAAUUUCUUAACCACAGCCAUUCGUCCUCAUGGCAUUUUUGGUCCAAGGGACCCCCAGUUAGUCCCUAUCCUAAUUGAUGCGGCUAAAAAGGGCAAAAUGAAGUUCAUGAUUGGAAAUGGGGAGAACCUGGUGGACUUCACCUUCGUGGAGAAUGUGGUUCAUGGACAUAUCUUGGCAGCCGAGCACCUCUCCCAAGAUGUAGCUCUGGGUGGGAAGGCAUUUCACAUAACCAACGAUGAACCAAUUCCUUUCUGGACGUUCCUGUCCCGCAUUCUGACAGGCCUCAAUUAUGAGGCCCCCAAGUACCACAUCCCCUACUGGGUGGCCUACUACCUUGCUUUCCUGCUAUCUCUGCUGGUACUGGUGGUCAGUCCUCUCAUCCAAAUCCAGCCAACUUUUACACCAAUGCGGGUGGCAUUGGCUGGCACAUUCCACUACUACAGUUGUGAGAAAGCCAAAAAGCUCAUUGGAUACCGGCCACUGGUCACCAUGGAUGACGCCGUGGAAAGAACUGUGCAGAGUUUUCACCACCUGCGGAAGAACAAGUGAUAUGCCCCAGAGCCCUCCCCAAUAAUUUUUUCCUCUCUGUUCUGAUGAGCCCAUAUCCUUAAUUGAGUUUCUUCUGAGCUAUGUGCCUCUUGGCUGGUGACAAGAGCAGAUGUCUCUUCCAGGGUAGCACUGAACUUCCUAAAGCAGGCAGAUGCAUAAUCUACUGUUUUGGUCUUUCUCUCUCCCUCCCCCUACUUCUCUCUUCUGUGUUCAUUAUCAGAAAGGUAACCCUGAGUAUGCCAACAUAAAGUGAAAACCACAAGACUUUGAUCGAGGUCUUAAAAACUGAAGAAAAACCAGAAUUGUUGACACAGAGUAAGACUUAGACAUACAUUUCAUAUGAUCCUAGUAGAAUAGUUAGAAGUGUUGAUGAGUGUAACCCCAACCCCCAAUCCCUAAGGAUAAAUCCAUUCGCUGCUGUGCAUGAUGUCAG